AUGUGCGCAUGCUUCCGAUUACCGCUUUCAACUUCAGCUUCUCCAUCGACUUUGAGGAAUGGGCAAUAUCAUGUCGGUUUCCUUCGCCCCGAAUGCACGGAUGCAAAGACGAAGUACGAUGAUUGCUUCAACAAGUGGUACACGGAAAAGUUUUUGCAGGGGAAGUCGCUUCACAACGAAUGUACCGAGCUCUGGGAUGAGUAUAUCACUUGUGUGAACACUGCUUUGGCAAAGCAUAAAAUAAAGCCAAUGUUGGACAAGGCCCGCGAGGAUCAGCCCUUUGGCGAGGACUUACUGAAAAAGGACAAAUAA